AUGUUCGCUCCGCGGCUCCUGGAUUUCCAGAAGACGAAGUACGCGAGAAACCGGACACGAGACGUCGUGGUCUUUGUGAGUCUCCGCGCGCUGGACCCGGGAGGAGCGCGGGUUCCCGGCGCCUCCGACGAAAUUCUGCACAUGUGUGCCGGGGGAGAUGGCCCAGAAUUUUCUCAGCAGGACUGUUCAAGGUUCAUGAACCACCGAGUCCCUGCCCACAGGAGGUACCAGCCCACGGAGUAUGAGCAUGCUGCCAACUGCGCCACCCAUGCUCUCUGGAUCAUUCCCAGCAUCCUCGGCAGCUCCAACCUCUACUUCCUGUCGGACGAUGACUGGGAGACCAUCUCUGCCUGGAUCUACGGCCUCGGCCUCUGUGGGCUCUUCGUGGUGUCCACCGUGUUCCACACGAUCUCCUGGAAGAAGAGCCACCUCAGGACGGUGGAGCAUUGUCUGCACAUGUCCGACCGCAUGGUCAUCUAUUUCUUCAUUGCGGCCUCCUACGCGCCCUGGCUGAACCUUCGCGAGCUGGGCCCCUGGGCCUCCCACAUGCGAUGGCUGGUCUGGAUCAUGGCCUCUGUCGGCACCAUCUAUGUCUUCUUCUUCCAUGAGCGGUACAAGCUCGUGGAGCUGCUCUGCUACGUCGUCAUGGGCUUCUUCCCCGCCCUGGUCAUCCUUUCCAUGCCCAACACCGAGGGCAUCUGGGAGCUGGUGACCGGAGGGGUCUUCUACUGCUUGGGCAUGGUGUUCUUCAAGAGUGACGGGAGGAUCCCCUUUGCCCACGCCAUCUGGCAUCUCUUUGUGGCAUUUGGUGCUGGUACCCACUACUAUGCCAUCUGGAGGUACCUGUAUCUGCCCAGCACCCUGCAGGCCAAGGUGUCCAAAUGA